AUGCCACCACGGAUACCCGGCAGCAGCAGGAGCUGCCAGCCACAGCAGCUGCUAAGCUGCCUCGAGGCCGUCUCUCCCUCAUCAUUCCGACCAGCCUCAACCCUGGCGAUACCCCUCCACAGGCCCAGUCCCAGUACACAAUCAACUAUCAAUAACACCACCACCCGCUCCUACGCCACAAAACCACCCCGCCGCAUGACCCGACUCCGCCGCCAAUUCGUCGACUGGCUCGAAAACCGCGGCAGCCGCUUCCGCAAAAACGAGGAACACCGGCCCAACUACAUCGGCGCCAGCAUGAACCGCGGGGCAGACCGAAAUCUCGUGUUCAACCACAACCCCUAUUUUCUCAGCCAGCCGGUACUGUCGGAACCGGCGCGCGAGAUGAUCUGGAAGGCAGUCAUGGUUGAGGGGGCACCGCUCAAGGCGGUGUCGGCGGAUAAUGGGGUGGAUGUGAGGAGGGUGGCGGCUGUGGUGAGGAUGAAGGAGAUUGAGAAGAGGAUGGAACGGGAGGAAAAACCCCUCGCCUACGCCUACGCCCGCGCCAUCUCCACCAUGGUCCCCCAAGACCACCUCAAGCCGCGGCAAGACGAAGACGGCAGGUACAAAAAGAUCGACUUCGAGCCCAUCAACGACAUCCACAUCCACACGGCGACCAUGCGGCAACUCUUCGUCCCGACCUCCGAAUCCCGCCAAUUCACCCGCGCCGACGCCGCCCGCGCCUUUGGCGACCACAUCCUGCCCCCCGACGAAAAGAUGCGCAUCCCGGAACUGGUGCAAAAGGAGCGCAACAUUGCCAACGGCAUGGACGAGAGGGACGCGCAGGAUCUGUUUCUGAAGGAGACGGCCGAGAGCGAGCAGGCGUAUGCGGAGGCGCAACGGAAGCGGGCCGAGGCCGAGGAGGCGCGCAAGACGCGGGUGAACACGGACCGGUUCGAGUUCCGGUUUGAGACGUUUGAUUCGGAGGCUGUUGGGCCUACGGGCCGCGCGCGGCAUGCUACGGGUUGGCGGUACGGUGCGCCGCUGUUGGAUCGCAAGAGGGGCCAGAUCAAGAUCCCGACCAGUGUCGAGUGA